UGGUGAGGUUUGAACCGGAUAUCCUUGUCUCCAGGGGCGACAAUUAGGCCCAGCCGAGAAUGGACAGCCCUGAAGCGGUGUUCAGCCUCUUUUACAUCGUCCUUUCUUUCUGUUUUGUUUUAACUCCGACUGAGUUCCGUUCGGCGGGGGUGACGGUGCAGGAUCUGCUGUCCGAGCAGCUGGGUAGCGAGGAUCUGGCCUUCACCCAUUAUCAUAUCCGCAGGACAGCGGCCACCGUCAUUGUACAUUCGCUGCUACCACUAGGUUAUUAUGCAGGAAUGUGUGUUGCAUCUUCUGGUGAAAAGCAGUUCUACUUUCUAGUAAGCGAGGGUUGGUUGAUUUACUUAGUGACUGCUGUGCUCAUCCCUGCUUUUGCUAGCCUCAUGGUGUUGUACUGGUCCUUAAAUAAGUGGGGCAACCAUCCAAUAGCCAGAGGCCUUGCACAUUAUGCCCUUCCACAGUCUGGUUGGAGAGCUGUGGCAUCUUCUGUUAAUACUGAGUUCCGAAGGAUUGAUAAAUUUGCUUCUGGAGCGCCAGGAGCCCGUGUUAUUGUCACUGAUACCUGGGUGAUGAAGGUGACUACAUACCGUGUUCAUAUAGCGCAGCAGCAGGACAUUCACCUCACAUUGACUGAAUCAAGACAGCAUGAGCUGUGUCCUGACCUGAAUACUCCUGUACAAUUCCUCACAAUUCAAGUGUGCAGCAUCAAUCCGAACGUCAAGCCAUUCAACAUUAGACUGAAUUCGACAGAGUAUGGUGAACUACGUGAGAAACUCCACACAACAGUUCGAAAUGCUCAUAAUGUAGUCAUCCAUCAGUCUCUUAGUGACAUGUUUCUUGACACAUUCAAGAUCCAGGUGGAAUUGAACCAACGGUUUCAUCUACCUAGUAAUCAGGAACUGGAGCCGUGCAUUGGCUGCAUGCAGACAGCUGCUAACAUUAAACUCAUCAAAGUCUGCCAAGAGCCAAAUGAGGGCGAGUGUCAACAAUGUUAUUGUCGCCCCAUGUGGUGCCUAACCUGUAUGGGAAAAUGGUUUGCCAGCCGCCAAGAUCAGCAACAUCCAGAAACAUGGCUAUCCAAUCGGGUCCCCUGCCCUACCUGUCGGUCAAAGUUUUGCAUUCUUGACAUCUCUGUUGUAUGCUAACGUGCAUGAAAAUAGAAAUUAUCCUUCAUCAUAAGAUCCCAAUUGUCUACCUGGUGUCAAGAUUUCAUUUCUGAACUCUUCCAAGUUUUUGCUGUAACCCCAACAUUUUUUAUUGUUAUAGAAUCUAAACUAAAUGUCUUCAGGCCACAACAAAUGCCCUUGAAGUGUUCGCUUAUUGUAAAUCCCCACAUUAUUCUCUAAUGACGACUUCCAGUGAGAGAAAUUGUUUUCCCCUUUCUUAAUCCCCUGUUUCUGUUCAAAAUGGAACCUGUCAACUUGGAAUAGCUCGUUCUAGAACUGAUGACUUUUGCAGCAGGAACAUUGAUUCAGUGUUGCCCGAAACUCAAAUCUCCAGAUCACUACAGUGCCUGUAUUUAUGGAUUAUCAUGAGUUGACUCCAAUUCAUUAAUUUAAUUGUUUGAAAUGCUUAUAAACUCCAAAGCUUUUUAAAAAUAUUUCUCAACUCUUGGUUUUAUACUGUAGAUAUGGAUUGUCAAUAUUUUAUGUCCAGCUUUAAAUCUUUCCUAUACAAAUGCAUAGACAGUAUUAGAGUUUUGGAUGACAUUGUGUCAUCCAUGCAAGAUACAAAAUUUAAGUUCUCUCAAACUUACCUGAUCCUUUCUAAUGCAUUGUGUCAAUUGCACAUCCCCUUUUAUGAACUUUUUCUGCAGCUGGCUGAUUUUUUUUUCCAUGGUUUACUUUCCUAUUUCACACUCAGUGUUGACACAUGUUAAAAAUUGCCUGUAAUUCAUUCAAAAUUGUGCCAACUCCAGUUCUUCAGCUGCAUUUUUUCUUAAUACUUUUGCAAACAAUGCUGAUACUGCUGGGUUUCUCAUUGUGUAAAGGUGAUGAUGAUGACAGCCAUUUGCCUUGAGCUGCGGCAGUUCACAACUUCCACAACUGGUCAGUAAUGCAAGGGGAGUUAGUUUGUUCAUUUUGACUUUAACAAUGCAGAUUAUGUAUAAUGAGGGUCAGUGCAAAUUCUUCCGAAAUAAUUUUGAAGAAAACCAUUACAUUGCCCAGAUUUGCUCAACCAGGAGUCUAGGUCUAGAGGCAGUCUUAGGGUUAGCCAUACCUUUCAGGUUUGGAAUUGGGAAAUGUUUUUACACAUUAAAAAUAGAAGUUUGGAACUAUUGCAGCAAAUAGCAAUUUGUAGGUUAACUGUUAAUUUUAAAUCUCAACUUGUUUUCUUUUCUUAGCCAAAGAUAUUAAGUAACAACGGUAGGUAUCUGGAGUUAUUUCACAACUAUGAUCUCAUUGAAUGGUGAAAUAAGCUUAAUUGUCUCAAUAGUCUCUUCCUGUUGUAGCUCUGAAAUAUUCUGCUGUAAAGUCUGUAACACCAAUUCAAUUUGGCAAUACUUCAAGCAAAAUUUUAAAAUGAAGCCACACUUAUUUUGGAAAGUUAAAAAUCCUUUUGCAAUUUUUCAAAUUUUCACCCUUUAUUGUUAAUUUAAGCUAGGUUACUUUAUUCAGUGUGGUAGUGUUAAAAUUAUCUCGGAGCCCUUGCAAUUGCAGGACGAGUAGAAAGGAUUGACAUGCUGAAACGAUUCCUGCAUAAGUCCACACUGAUUCGCACGCUCCCGUCCGCUUCUACCUAAAUCGUUCUAUGGAGGAGACGAUGGCCCAGUGGUAUUAUUGCUGGACUGUUAAUCCAGAGACCCGGAUAUUGUUCUGAGGGCCUGGGUUUGAAUCCUGCCACUGAAGAUGAUGGAAUUUGAAUUCAAUAAAAAUAUCUGAAAUUAAGAAUCUAAUGAUGACCGUGAAUGUAUUAUUGAUAGUUGCAAAAACCACCUAUUUCACCAAUGCCCUUUAGGGAAGGAAACAUCCUUACCUGAUCUGGCCUACACAUGACUCCAGAGUCACAGCAAUAUGAUUGACUCUGAAUUGUCCUCCGAGCAAUUAGGGAUGGGCAUUAAAUGCUGCCCUAGCCAGUAAUACCCUCAUCCCAUGAAUGAAUAAAGAAAAAAAAUGUAUUUCAAACUGAGACUGACAAAAGACUGCAGGUAUCUUUAGAACAGCAUGGCUCUUACCUUACUUAACUUAGUUUUAAGAUGAACUUGUAUUUUUGAAGCUAUAAGGUAUGUUUUUCUGUUUUGGUUUUUGGACAAAGGUACAUAAUAAAAUACUCUGCCCUGAAUGUUCAUGCCAUAUAUACUGCCUGUUCCCAAAAUGAUUUCUGUUGGUAGAGAGGUUUCAGUGAUCACAAUAUCAUGACAUAGCUGUGGAUCGAUCUACCAUUAGGUGGCCCCAGGGAGCAGUUUCUGAAGUAUAUAUGGUCUGUUGUUGCGUGUUUCCUAUUCAAAUUACCAUAGACAAACCAAUGUCGCUUUACACAUUCCAAAAUGUGAAUUCAUACACCAUUUGUUAUACUGUCAUGAACAGUGUAAUGUUGUAUCACAGAAUAUCUUCAGAUGUUAUUCAUUCUGCUGUCAGCUGUGGCUCAGUGGGUACACACUUGCUCUUGAAUCAUAACGUUCUGGAGAGUUCCCACUCCAGUGCUUAAGCAUAAAAAUCAAUGCUGACACUCCUGCAAUGAUUAAAUCUAUCUCCACCACAUUCUCAGACAUUGUAUUCCAGAUCCUAAUCACUUGCUGGGUAGAAAUGUUUUUGCUGAUGUCACCUUAUAUCAUUGUACUGUGGUUCUCAGGCCUUCUGCCAAAAGGAACAAUCUUUCCUCUUAAACUAGUCCAUCCAGACCUUUCAUUUUGAACACCUUUGAUAAAUUUGUCAAUUUUGUCAAAAGGAGACCAGUAUCAGCAUCACUAAUCUAUAUUUGUAUCUGAGGUGCCUCAUUCCCUGAACAAUUCCUGUAAAUCUUGUCUGUGGUUUCAUAAUGCUUUUGUAUUCUUCCUCAAGCAUUGCUCCAGUUGAGACUAAGCCAUUGUUUUAUAUAAGUUCACCAUUGUCUCCUUGAUUUUUGUAUUUGCAGCUUUUUUUAUAAUACAAAGGCCGUGGAUGCCUUCUUACAUGUUUUUUAAACCAGAACCGCCAUCCCUCGAUGAUUUGUCUACAUAUGUAUCCAUAGGUCCCACUACUUCUGCACUUCCUUUAGAAUUGUAUCCUUUUUUUAUAUUGCAAUCCCUUGUAUGUUUUACACCAAUAUCAUCUAUUUCAGAUUGUCAAGUUUCACCUUUCAUCUGCCCACACAUUUCAUCAGCCUGUCUAUGUCCUCUAAAUCAAUGCCAACCAUUAUACUCCUCACAAUUCACAAACUUCCAGGUUUUGUCAUAUGAAAAGUUUGAAAUUUUCCUGUACACCCAAGUCCAGGGCAUUGAUCAAAAAUUUAUGCAAUUGAUUUGAAUGUGAACGUAGCAGGUGACUCCAAGAUUGGAGGUGUAGUGGACAGCGACGAAAGUUACUUCCGAGUACAAUGGGAUCUUGAUGGGCCAAUUGGUGAGAAGUGGCAAAUGGAAUUUAAUUUAGAUAAAUGUGAGGUGCUGCAUUUUGGAAAGGCAAAUUAGUCCCUGAACAGAGAGAGCUUGGAGUACAGGUUCAUUGUUCCAAGAGAGUGGAGUUUUAGGUAGAUAGGAUAGUGAAGAAGGUGUUUGGUAUGCUUGCAUUUAUUGGCCAGGGCAAUGAGUAUAGGAAUUGGGAGGUCAUAUUGUGGACGUUGAUUAGGCCACUAUUGGAAUACUGUGUAAUUCUAGCCUACCCGCUAUGGGACGGAUGUUGUGAAACUUGAAAGGGUUCAGAAAAGAUUUACAAAGAAGUUGCGAGGGUUGGAGGGUUUAAGCUAUAGAGAGAGGCUAAAUAGGCUGGAGUUAUUUUCCCUAGAGCAUUGGAGGCUGAGGGGUGAUCUUAUAGAAGCUUAUAAAAUCAUGAAGGGCACAGAUAGGAUAAAUAGAUAAGGUCUUUCCCUGGGAUGGGGGGAGUCCAAAACUGGAUGGUAUAGUUUAAGGUGAGAGGGGGAAAGAUUUAAGAGGGACCUGAGGGCAACCAUUUUAUGCAGAGGGUGGUGUGUGUCUGGAACAAGCUGUCAGAGGAAGUGAUGGAGGCUGGUACAAUAACAACAUUUAAAAGGCAUCUGGAUGGUUAUUUCAAUAAUAAGGAUUUGGAGGGCUAUGGGCUAAAUGCUAGCAAAUGUGCCUAGAUUUAUUUAGGAUAUUUUGGUCAGCAUGGACAAGUUGGACCUAGGGUCUGUUUCUGUGCUGUAUAUCUCAGUGCCUGUAAAAGUAGUGGUUCUUGUGGACGUAAGAACUGAACUAUGAACUCUCACAGGCUAUUAUUAAGCCAUUUCUGCAUGCUGAGCAACAAAGGAAAGCUGUGCUCAUAGUGGAAGCCGCAACAAAACAUGACUUCUGUGGAAUAAGUGUGACCCAAGCAGAAAUGGAACAUUGGUCUGUGCUAACACAGAGACCACUGACAUAGUAAUACAUUAAGGUUGGUUGGAGCAGCACUAGUAUGAUGAGCAAAACAAAGGGAAAUGAGUCUUGCAAACCAAAUUUAAACCCUAACUGAAAGUCAUUUUGGAGCAAGAACCUAGAACUAACACAUACAAGGAUGACCGUGAGUUGGCGACUCUGAGAAGACAGUGAAAACUCACACAGCCAUAUUCUUCAUCCUGUAUUGUGAUGGAUAGCCUACAAGCUUCUGAUGUUUGUACUUUAAUUCUUUUUUAAGUUAUUAAAUAAACUACUUAUAACCUUUC